UAAGUAUAUGCCAAUAAUGUAUAGGCAUCCCACUUAUUUUAUCAUCAUCUUGGAAGCAUUAGUAAAUAACUAAUCUUUAAAAAAAAAAGAAACUCCAAGUGAUCCUUCUCCCCCACCGCAUACACUUCUUCCUCCGCCGCCCCAUGGCGGGCGACGGCGACUGCGCACGGUGCUGCUUCAGCUUCGUGUUCACCUCAGGGCUAGCAGCCCUGUUCCUAUGGCUGAGCCUCCGGCCCUCGAAACCAAGCUUCUACAUCGAAGACUUGUCCGUCCCCGGCCUGAACCUCUCCGCCGCCGAGAGGAGCAACCACAGCAUCCUCUUCAAGGUGGGGCUCCGGAACCAAAUGAAGGACAAGGGCGUGGGCUACGGCGACAUAAGCCUCCUCUUCCUCUACAACUCCACCCUCCUCGUCGCCAACCACACGCUUCCCGCCUUCUACCAGGGCCACGGCAAGACCGCCCACCGGAUAGACGCCGCCGACGCCGCGGGGGUGCCGUGGUCGGCGGCGGUGGCGGCGCUGACUGCCAACGGGAGCGUGAGGUUUGGGGUUAGGGCGGCCACGAGGGUCAAGUUCAAGAUCAUGCUGUGGUUCACCAGGAGCCACGCCUUGCGAGUCGCCGGAGAUGUCGAGGUGGGACCCUCCGGGAGGAAGCUCAACAAGAAAUCGAUCAAGUUGAAGUCCGGCGCCGCGGAGCCCCAUAAUCUGUGGCUGACAUUCGGCGUUGCUACGCUCUUCACUUUCUUCUUCUUGUAAACAUUUUUUUAUUUUUACCUUUUUUUUUCUUAUUGUUGAUAUUAAUUUGUAAUCCGAUUCCCAAUUGUUUGAGUGAGGCCAUUUGUAAUUUGGAUUUUAUAUUUUAGAGGUACUAAUAAAUUCUUAGGUGUA